AUGGAUAUCAACGAUCCCGCAGAAGAAGACCUCUUGAUUCAAUUGCUGACUUAUGACGAGCAUCCGCAAUGCAACAACUUGGACACUGGAGGCAGUCAGGGAGUUCCCCAAGGCGGCCAAUGGGCAAAUUAUGACGACAUAUCGCAGUUUGGAUCUGAGGCUUCGUCCCUUCCAAGAUCCAGCAGCACAGCUGGAGCAUGUCUCUAUACUGCCACACGAUCUUUAGAUGGCCGCGAAGAUACCGAAGACUUGGGUGUGAGUCUCGCUCAGUCCCUGCCAGUCGGGUCUUCUGAACACGGUUUAGCCAAUGGCUGGGGUUCAAAACGCCAGUCUACUUCCGACCAAAUACCGGGAAGUAUAUCAUAUCGUCGGUUGCCAUCGGAGGCCGUGAAGCUUCUUAGGCUAUGGCUUCAUCAACACCAAGAAUAUCCUUAUCCGACGCAUAAGGAACGACAGGAACUUGAGCAGCAGACUGGACUAGACAAGAAUCAAAUUCUAAACUGGUUUUUCAAUGCUCGGCGACGAAAGCGAAAACAUUUGAAGCAUAUCUCCAUGCCAAUUGCUGAGGCAAAUACGAGAGCCGUUUCGUUCAUGUCUCCCAUGGAGCGCUGGCAACAUUCGCCACCUGAAACUGAACCAGCUGCCACAUCCGAUAUCAUGCGAGCUUUAAAAGCUGUAUCCCCUUGCCCCAAUCCGAGUCCGCUAUACUAUAGUGAUCCUGGGCCACGGUCAGGAGACAGCUCUGGCAGCUCUCUUCUAUUGAGUAACCUCUCGAUGAGCUCUUUUGAACACAGCGACUCAUCUGGCGGGCCUUUCGGUGACUCUCAAAAUUAUCCGCCAACUUCGCAAUUCCAAAGACCGCCUACGCCCAUUCCCAGCAUGAAACCCCGCCGUCGGCACCCAAAGGCUCCGUCGUUCCGGAGUCGACGUGACAUGGCGGCGGUGCCUAGUUCGCGCACGUACCAGUGUACAUUUUGUUGUGACUCGUUUCGAAAUAAGUAUGAUUGGGUAAGGCAUGGAAAAAGCCGCCAUAUUUCGAUUGAACGCUGGCGAUGUGCGCCAAACGGCGGAAUGGUUGAAAUAGAUGGAGUCAACGUCUGCGCUUAUUGUCAUACUCGAAAUAUUGACGAUGGCCAUCUCGAAACGCAUAUUUACCUCCGAUGUCGAGAGAAACCUCCUGAACUCCGGGUAUUUACACGAAAGGACCAUCUUCGGCAGCAUCUCCGAUCGGUACAUAAUGUGAAAUACCACUCUUCUUUGGACAAAUGGUGUGAAUCCACAACUUCCUUCCGCUCAAGAUGUGGGUUUUGUAACUCUAAUUUUGAAACAUGGGAGGAGAGAGUAGAUCAUGUCGCCGAACACUUCAAAGAAGGCGUCGAUACGAGCCGAUGGACUGGGGACUGGGGUUUCGAUCCCGAAGUUGAGCGCCAGGUGGGAAAUGCCAUGCCCCCUUAUCUACUUUGGAUAGAGCGCCGCACUGUAGACCCGAUGAAGUCAUCAAAUGUGCCACAGGUCGAAGACGAAGGAGAUGCAUCAUUUUCUGCAAACGCGGACUUCCCCAAAGGUGUCGAUCUCUACUCGAUUCUUCACAACAGCUUGGUUGCGUAUAUACGUGAUCAAAUGUUGAUCGGAGUCCAUCCAUCAGACGAGAUGAUCCAGAGUAGAGCUCACUGGGUAAUAUAUGGAAGUGAUGAUCCUUGGAAUCAAACAUUCGCGGAAGUUCCAGCAUGGCUGGCGGCCCUUAAACAUGAGGCUGGUUUAUUGGAGCCCUUAGAUGACAUUUUUGAUAUCACAUAA